AUAUCACGCAGCAAUUCGACUCGUACGUUACUUUUGUAAUGAAUUUAGAGCUUUUAGAAGCGUUUCAUCAGAAUUACCCAGAGGCUGCAGAUGGUUACCUAGAACGAAUUAAAAAAGAUGAUGGAAGUAAAGACGCUGGCUGUGCCACUUAUGCAAUAACAUUGCAGUUCAAUAGAGUUGGGAGUCUCUUAGCUAUUGGAUGCAAUGAUGGGAGGAUAGAAAUCUGGGACCAUGUCACAAGACGUAUUUCCAAAGUCCUGGUAGCACAUGCACAUCCAGUUUGUUCCCUAAGUUGGAGUAGAGACAGCAAAAGGCUUCUUAGUGCUUCCACUGACAAUACAGUCUCUAUCUGGAAUGUACUAUCGAGUGCUUGUGAGCAAACAUUCCAAUUUCCUUGUCCUGUGAUGAAGGUUCAAUUCAAUGCAAGAAAACCAGACCAACUGCUUGUUUGUCCGAUGAGACAUGCCCCAGUAGUUAUUAAUAUUCCAAGUGGUGCUCCAACUAUCAUACAACCGGAAGAUGAAAAUGACCUUAGUAUUGUUGCAUCAUAUGAUCGUCGUGGUCGUUAUAUUUAUACUGGGAACUCAAAAGGCAAAGUUUGUAUAUAUGAAACGAAAGAUUUCCAGUUGAUCAGCUCAUUUAAAUCGACAUCAGCAGCGAACGCUGCCAUUAAAUCGAUAGAAUUCGCUAGACGUGGGGAAUAUUUCCUACUUAAUUGUGCUGAUCGAGUUAUUCGAGUGUAUAACUGUGAAGAUGCAUUGAACGCAAAUGUUACGGAUCCGGAGCCGAUAAAAAAACUGAAAGAUCUUGUAACUGGGAGUCAUUGGAGAAAAUGUUGUUUCUCUGGUGAUGGUGAAUAUAUUUGUGCUGGUUCAAUGAAACAACAUUCUAUUUAUUUAUGGGAACGGGCUAGUGGAACAUUAGUAAAAAUUUUACAUGGUCAAAAAGGUGAAACAUUAUUAGAUGUUGUUUGGCAUCCUUUACGACCUAUUAUUGUUUCUAUAUCGAAUUCAGUAACUAAAGAACAAGUAUCUAUAUGGGCUCAAACACAAGUGCAAAACUGGUCAGCUUUCGCCCCAGACUUUAAAGAACUCGAUGAAAAUGUGGAAUAUGAAGAAAGAGAAUCGGAAUUCGAUGUUGAAGAUGAAGAUAAAAUGAUUGAAGAGAAUAAAAACGCAAUUUCUUUGAAAUCAUUACAUACAAAAUGUUAUAAUGAUGAAGAAGAAGAUGUAGAAAUCGAUAUUGAAACUAUGGAACCAGUACAAGCUUUACUAAGCAGUGAUGAAGACGAAGAAUGUGAAGAUAUUCUAAUGUAUUUAUCCAUUUCUCCAGAAGUGGAUAAUCCAGAUGAUUUAUCCGGUGGAGAAGAAUCUGUCAGUACACAGAAUUCUGAACGACCAGCAACUGGUUUAUCAAAUAGAAAACGUCCUGAUUCUCCAUCUAUGCAAUCUAAUGGACCAUUAUCGAAACAUUCAAAAUCAUUAGAUCAAAAUCAAUCUAUACCACCGACAGUGUCAAUUCAUUUACCCGGUGCACAAAGCGAUGAGGUUCAUCCACUUGUUGGUAAUCGUAAACAAUCAGUUAAAUCUAUCUCAGGUACCAAUCAUCAUCAUCACCAGCAUGAUUCAUCAACAAAACUUACUAAUCAAUCAUCAACAACCUAUGGAUUAAGUAAUUCACGUAAAAAUAAUACACGACAACGUGAUCGUGUCAAACCAAGGAAAUGAUGAUUAUGGUUAUUAUUAUUCUAUGUUACAUUGGUAUUUGUAUAUUGAACUCAUUUUUGUUUCUCUCUUUAUUUAUAUUAUCGAAAUGUGUAGUAUUGUCGUGUUAGUUAUUCUGGUGACUUACAUGCUUAUUAUGCUACAUUUUCAAAUUCUUCAUGUACAUUAAUACUAUAAGCCUUUAAAAAUAUACAUCACUUAUAAUAAAGUUCAGAGAG